UUGAUUAAAUUGUAAAUUUCUUUUCUAUUUUUCUUUUAUACAAUAUUAUAGUUUAGUAACUAAUGGGAAAAGAUUAUAAUUUACAAAAAGUAUAUAGGUAUCUGUUUUCCUCACGAUAUAUUUGGUAAUUUAGUAAAUUCAUGCUACGAUGAAAUGUCAAAAUUUCAGUGGAUAAGUGCCAAUGAUAGAGAAAUCUAGCAGAUGUGAAAAGUGAUGUUCGUAGUUUCGGAAACUGAUGGUAAUAAAAGCGUUCAGUGUUAGUUUUUUGAGUUUUAUCGUGAGAUUUUUGUUCAUACGGCUAGAUUGAAACAAAGAGAUCAAAUUGGAUGAUUUAACAAUUUAAAACUGAGAGCCAAGCGUGCGAGAUGAGCUCGCCACCGCCUAUGCAGUUGGAGGUGGAAGUGGGAGACGAGUCCAUGGAGGAGGAUGGAGCAGAAAUGAUCACGCCGGACAUGUGGUUUCCGGUUCCUGCUAAAGCUGAUGCUUUAGUGAAGCUAUGGCAGACCAAGAUGGCGGAGGGGGUGCUCUCCCCGGCGCACUUUCAGGAUCAUUGGCGCGUUACGGUGCCCAGGAUAUAUUCACCACAACCUAAUAGGACUUGUCUAGACUGGUCGUUCGAUGAGGAGAUGGCGAGCAAGUUGCUCAUUCAGCCUCUGGAGCAGUUCGUGUGGGGCUCCGCUGAGAGCUCGGAGCCUCCGCCGCCGAGACGGUCCACACUCUGCGGGAGAGUGUUCAAGCAGGGGGAACCGGCUUAUAGCUGUAGAGAAUGUGGUAUGGACAACACGUGCGUCCUCUGUGUGGAGUGCUUCAAGGUGUCCCCUCAUCGCAAUCACAGAUAUAAGAUGGGUCAGUCCGGAGGCGGCGGAUGCUGCGACUGCGGAGACACAGAGGCCUGGAAGAGAGAUCCCUCCUGUGACUUACACUCGGCUAAGGAUAACGAAGAACAGGCUCAAGCCAGUAUCAGCCCCGAGGUGUUGGAGCGUAUGAAGAUAGUGGCGUCUGUUUGCUUACCCUACUGCUUCCGCCUCCUUACAUUCGACCACGCGCCUGGACUGCCCAACGAUCUGAUACUCAAGGAUACCGAGAGGGACUUACUUCAGAUCUUGGAUCAGCCCGAUUGUUACUGCACUGUGCUAUACAACGACGAGACUCAUACCUUUGAACAGGUGAUAACGACUCUGAUACGUGUGAUGAAGUGCACUCACCGCGACUCUGUGGAGCUGGUCAGCCUCAUAGACCGCGAGGGUCGCGCUCUGGUCAAGUGCAGCUCUUUCCAGAUAGCCGACAAACUGAAGAAUGACUUCGAGAUCUUCACAUCCCGUCAUGGACCAGCUCUCAAAGUGCUGGUGAUGCAGGCACACGUUAUCGCCCAUCAAACAUUCGCUAUGAAACUAUUGAAUUGGCUUCAGAAUUUCGUAAGCCAAGAACAAAGUCUCCGUCUAGCUGUUUGUCAGGUGGCGCUGGGGGAAGAGACCGGUUUAUCCGGUUGGGGUUUGGCUGGAACUUCAGGUGGGGUGGCCGUGGGCGUCAUGCAGAAUGACUGCAAGAUGUGGAAAGCUGCAAGGACGGCUUGGCAUAGACUUCUCAUAGCAACCACAUUAAUGGACUACUCCACAAAACGAACCAUGGCCAUACUGUUUACUAAGAAUUAUGCCACUAUAAUGAAGGACUACAUCCGUGACGACCACGACCACUCCUUCUCGAUAUCGUCUCUGUCCGUGCAGCUCUACACCACCCCGACCCUGGCUCAUCACCUCAUCGCCAAACACGACGCGCUCUUCGUAGUCAUGAACACGUUCGUCAGUGAAUGCACAAGGAAGUGUAACGCUGAGGGCCGUCUCGAGUUUGAUCGUAACCACGUGCCGAUGGGUUUCAAACGUGCCCAGUUUAUUCUGUACGACGUGAAGUACCUCCUGGGGUCCAUACCGACGAGUUUCGACGACGACCUCCGGAAGGGCUUCCUGCACGGACUGUCGCUCAUGAUGAACCUGCUGGUCAUGAUGCAGGGCAUGGACUCCGUGGUGAGGCAGAUUGGACAACACAUGGAGUAUGAACCAGAAUGGGAAUCGGCUUUCAACCUGCACGUGAAGCUCGCGAACAGUAUAACGCUGGCGUUGGAAUGGUGCAGCGUAGAACGGUCGCUGGCUGCAUCGGCGUACCGGAUGGCACUCAGAAGACAUGCUGAUAAUUUUGCUGCUGGCGACAAGUAUGAACUUAGAGAGUUGGGUAACCAAAGCGCCUCAGUGAUCCCAUACGACGUGUCCAAAGAGCCUGUGUCGGUUCAUCGACCUCUAUCCCGUUUUAUAGCGGGACUUCAUCUUCACCUCCACAGACAUGGCUUGUCGUACCACAGCAAGGAGUUCGAUAGACAUGACAAACCCAAACCCAAGCCAGAGGAACUCAUUGAGCCGGUGCUACGUACCAUGGCCAUGAUAGCCCAGGUGCACGCCGGAAUGUGGCGUCGCAACGGCUUCGCUCUCCUCAACCAGCUGUACUUCUACCACAACGUCAAGUGUCGCACGGAGAUGUACGACAGAGACGUCAUCAUGCUUCAGAUCGGUGCUUCGUUGAUCGAGAGCAACGAGUUCAUAAUACAUGUCCUGAACAAGUUUAAUCUCCUGGACUGGGCGGCUAACGACUUUGAACAGCGUACCAUAGAAGACGACACGCUCAGACACACUAUAAGCAUGGUCGAGGAAUUCCUUGGAUUACUUAUUACCGUGGUGGGCUCCCGCUACGUGCCGGGAGUGGGCGAGGUGACGGCAGCACAGAGAACUAAGAAGGAGAUCAUACAGAUGCUGUGCGUUAAACCCAUGCCGCACUCCGAACUCAAUAGAUCUCUUCCCGAAAAUCAGUUGCACGAGACGGGACUCGAAGCUGUGAUCAACGAGGUCGCUGACUUCGUGAAGCCGAGCGGCACGCACAACCGCGGCCUGUACAAACUGAAGCCGCACCUGUACGAUGAAUACGACACCUUCUUCUAUCACUACACCAGGGAGGAGCUGUCCCGGAGCGAGGAGGAACAGAGGAACAGGAGGAAAGCUGCCGGUCUUCCAGAAUGCUGUCCCCCUCCUCCUCUGCCGCUGCUGUCUCCGCCGUUCCGUCUGCUGGCGAACCUGUUGCAGAGUGACGCAGCACUGCACGUCCUGCGUGUAGUUUUGACCCGCGCCCUCGACCUUAGGGCCAGGUCCUUCUCGGAGCCGCAAGUCCACAAGGCUCUCCAUCUAAUAGGCUACGCUCUGCGCGAUGAGGAGAGUUCUCACUACGAGUUCUUGGCGUUCGCUGAGAGUGCUGCUCGCAGUGGACUGCUGGCGUUGCUGCAACGACUGGCCGCCAGCCCUAGGGUCGACGCCCACCGACCACUCGCUAAGUGGCUCCUUAAUAAAAUGAAGUCUCUGUUGGGACAGACCGAUGACAACAUGGGUGGUGACGAAUGUAUGGAGACGGAUCAGGAAGAGAAGCCUCGCUCUGAUGAAACAGCCGACGCCGAGAAAGCUCGUCGCGCCAAACUGGCGGCGGAGCGAAGGGCUAAGGUUAUGGCACAAAUGAAGGCUCAAAUGAACAACUUCAUAUCAAACAACGCCAUGCUGUUCAAAGAGACGACCACUGAGGCGACAGAGGAGGAGGAGAAGCAAGAUCUGCUGCCGUUAUACCGUGGAGCGGCUCUGGGCGUGUGGGGAGGGGGAGUCGUCGAACCAGCCAGGGUCUGCAUCAUGUGCCAGGAACAGGCUCGUGUUGAAGCUAAAUCCGAGCCGCUGGUACUCGUAGCCUUCGCCCAACACUCCAGCGUGUUGAAUCGCCGCGGUGUUGGCGCUGGGUCGGGCGGUCCCGGCGGAGCGGGGGCUGCUGGUGACGCGUGGCGGAGCGCCUGGCCCCCAGCCGGACUGGGGGCGCAGCCCCACGUGUCAUGCUGUGGACACGCCCUCCACGCUAAGUGCUGGAGGAAGUAUGUCGAUGGAGUGCUUGACAAGGAGAAGCUUAGACCUUACCGCAUCCGUCAGCCGGCUGCUUUCGACGUUGAAAAGAAGGAGUACCUGUGUCCGCUAUGCGAGCGGCUUUGUAACACGGCCGUGCCGCUGCUGCCCUCCCCUCCCCUCCCGCCGCGGCCGCCGCCCCCCCUCGCGGAGGGCACCUUCACGGACGCCGCCGAGCUGAUACUGAAGCUGAAACAUCAGGUUGAUAUAGAACAUGUAACGGAUACCUGCUUUGAGUUCGUGCGCCAGGUUUGCUCAGAAUCAGUACGUCAGUGCACUGAAUACACUCAGGAGGCGCCUUGCGCGGGGACGCCUCAGGCUGGGGGGGCAGAGUCCGAGGGAGAAGAGUCCCCUGACGAGGCGGAAGUGUACGUCUCCACCCACGCCGAGACUCUACUGCCUAAAGAAUUUUUAGAACACUUCCAUGAGAAGCCGAGGAAAUAUAACGACACUACUGCCGUUCUUAUUGCUGAGUUUGCAGAGAUGUUGCCGGGGAUCUGUGGAUUAUCAGAAUCUGGAGGUAUGGUCCGUGUGGCCGCUUUGUACAGAGCGACGUCCUACACCAUCUUGAGCACCAACGUUGUUCUACAGGCUGAGAAUAGACCGCUGCUAGGAGACCUGCCCUCGAGACACCGAGACGCCUUGCAGGCGCUGAUCAGACUGGCGGCGGUUCUGCCUCCUAUAUGGCCGACGCCUAAACAUAUUUCACACCACGCUCUCAGCUGUCUAAACACUUUAGUGAAAACAUCUCCGCUAUCACACGACGUAUUCGGAACAUUGGUGGCGCUGGUGCUGUCGGCUCCGUGUUUGUUUUCCAAAAAGGCAGCCCCGGCCAGACCCACACAUUUGGCGCGACAAAUAACAUUGGAGGCUUUCAGGGCCACCAUAACUAGAGCCCUUAUAGCUGUAGACGUUACGCAUUGCAACAGCGAACCGAUGGAGGACACCGAGCAGGUUAACAAACCGGACUUGGAAAAUCUGCUGCCAUUCAUGAAAGAGCUGCGGCAGGGGAAUUUAGACAUAGAAAACUUGAGAGCCGGUGAGGUGUGGGAGUGUGUCAAGAAGCAGUGUCACGGCUUCCUUCGCUGCUGCUGUUUGUUCUACCACUUCCUAAGCGACAUCCAACCACCCAACGAGUUGACCUUGGUGGGCGGCGACACCUGGGAUAUCAUGUGCGGGUACCUGGACCUCCCCAACACGUUCAGGGAUCUCAUUGACAAUCCGCUGGCGAGGAACAAAGCGUCGAUGUGGUCACAACUAUCCACGGAGUGGUUCAAAGGAGAGCUGUCCCCGCAAAUGGUAUUGGACCCCAGUGAGCCACCCAGUUUGAUAACACUGCCGAUGGAUUUUUCGGAGUUGAUGAACGUGGUGUCAGAAUUCUCGUGCCCUAACUCUGAGCGCGAGGACACCAAAAACCCCACCAUGUGCCUUGUGUGUGGACAGAUAUUGUGUUCGCAGAGCUACUGCUGUCAGAUUGAAAUACGGAAGAUCGGGCGAGGCGGCGGCUCGGAGCUGGCGGGGGCGGUGGUGGCGCACGCUCUGUGGUGCGGCGCGGGGGCCGGGGUCUUCCUCAGGGUCCGCGAGUGUGAACUCCUGUUGUUGGCGGCUCCCUCCCGCGGGGCGAUGCUACCGGCGCCAUACCUGGACACGUAUGGAGAGACUGAUCAGGGCCUCCGCCGCGGGAAUCCCCUCCAGCUCUGCAACGAGCGUUACCAGGCCCUACGUAUGGUGUGGCUGUCGCACGGCAUACACGAGAGGAUCGCCCGCGGCCUGGACUCCAAUAUGCUGGUCACCACCACCUGGCAGAACAUGUGAGCCCAGCUCCGGGGGCUCCCACGACGGAACACACGGCUCCGGAGACUGACGUGAGUGUGAAGGGCCCCCACGCACUGAAACAGCUAGAAGUCUGAAGGCAUUCACAGGCGACGAGCUGGAGACGACAUACUUUCAUAGCAAGCCAACGCUAUCUAUGUGAUGGUCGGUAAAGGACUAGCGUUUGUGAGUUCAUCCAUAGUGUGAUAUAUUAUGUAUUAUAACAUACAACAGUUACGGAACAGCACUUUGUAGGAUGUGCGCAAACCUGAUUCGAGUCCAAACGAACUCUCAUAAUGGCCCGGGUCCCCGGCGGAUGCUGGAUUAUGAGCUGUGAUAAAUCCGUUCAAUGGUUGUUUAAUAGAUUCUCGUAUAACAUUUUAUGUUUAUAGAUCUUGUAUAGAAUUAAAUGUUUUGUUUUAAAUUUGUGUUGUUAUUCGCUUUACUCGUUCAGAUAAUGAGAGGAUUACACGUUGAGGAGCGAUAAUAAUGUUCUCGCAGUUACUGAUGCGGUUAUAUCGGAAACUUAGAAAUUUAAGAUAAUUUUUGCCUUAAACGAUUACCAAUAAUUAAUAAAUAACUUAGAGUAUAUAUAGAAGCUAGAUGAGCUACUUUAACAAAGUUAUCGAUUACAUCACUAAUGAUAUUCUUUGCAUGGCUGUGUAAGUAAAAAAAAAAAAAAUAACAAUAUUUUUUUUUAACUUUUAUACAAACAUCGAGAUUUGUACGAAAUUCACCAAAACAAUGAAAUACAAUCAUGCAUAUAUUGAAACGUACUACCAGUUACCCAUACCUUAUUUGCGUUCGUAUUUAUUUGUUAACACAUAACUUAAUAUUUAUUAACAAACUUACUAUUCUAGACAUAAGACAACAAUGAGCACAAAAAAAAAAACAACUUGAACGUGCCUCGACAAUUUUGUGCACUAUGUAACUUCAAAUAUUUUUAUGUAUACAAAUACUUAGACACUGUGUUUGAUCUUAAGAAAACAAUUGAUUGAGCAAACCGAUUCUCCCCAGCGAUGCGAAAUACUACAAUGAUAUUCCUACCGUGUUUGUGCAAUACAUCUAUAAUCAUUGUUAUCAGGCAUAGAGAAAAUGAAAUGUGCUAGAUUACUGUACAUAGCUAACUAUUAAAUGUUUUAAGCCUC